CAUGCUAUUGCUAUUGGCCUUGAAGCAGCUUAUAACAUAGCCACAAAGAAUGAUGAGAAUCCAAUUCUGCUAUCUGUUCAAGAGCUGAUUGAGAACGUUAGGCCAGACCCAGAAUCGAAAGGUAUAUCAAGCCUGAAGAAGGUUGUCCGAUUCAUUGACGACGAUGGGCUGAGCGAGGCACACGAGUAUCGCCCUUACAAAUCACUGCUUUUUGAGCCCCAAAAGAAGAAGAAUGUAAGGAAAUGUUCAACUCUGUAUUCCUGCUUCCUUCGGUUUUGUCUUGCUUUUUUGAAUGGUUCUCUGUAUAUGUAUAUGUCCACAGCCAACAAAAGCCAUAUGCUUCCAAGACUUCAAAGAACACGUUCAAGUCGACGAGAGGAAGAUGUUACAAGAGCUCGUACAGAGACCAGUAGUUGCCGUUUUGGAUGCCACCCCUGAACUUCAAGUGUGGAACAAAGCUUUUAUGGAGGCAGAAGGUGAAGUAGUUUUCAAAGGUGUUGACCCACAACCAGUUGAGAAGGCCAAUCUUCAUGCUAUCUUGAUAGUUGGCUAUGGCACUGUGAAGGGCAUUAAUUACUGGAUUAUCAGGAAUUCUUGGGGAGAUGGUUGGGGAGACAAUGGAUAUGGAUCGAUUGCCAGAGCCUCAAGCCGUGAAGGAGGAGAAUCUUUAUUCUACUCUUACUCUUUUAUUAAGGUAUUUAAUUAUUAUCCUUAUUCAAAUAAUCGUUUAUACAUU